AUGGCUACCUAUUCGGAAAAAGACUUUGAUGCUGCCCACUACAACACCGCCAGACCAUCGUACCCUGACCAAUUCUAUGAGACUUUGAUCAAGUAUCACCGUGCUCAACCCAACGACACCAAAGUUGCAUUGGAUGUAGGAUCGGGAUCUGGCUUUGUUGCUUUCAAGCUUACAAAUUUCUUUGAUAGCGUCAUUGGCACCGAUAUAUCUGAAACCAUGGUUAAGCAAUGUAACCUGGACCCUCGCACUAAUGGGUGCAAAAUUCGCUUUGAAGUCGCUCCAGCUGAGAAGUCGCCAGCAUUCAUCGAGCCUGAAUCUGUGGAUAUGAUCACGGGUGCAGAAUGUUGUCACUGGAUGGACCAUCCUGUUUUUUUUAAGGAAUGUGCCAGGAUUUUGAAAAAAGGUGGAACCUUAGCUUAUUGGUUUUACUUGGACCCAGUCUUUGUGGGCAACUCUAAGGCCAAUGAAAUUUACACUGAUUACGCAUAUGGAUCGUCGAUUGAGAAGUAUGGGGACAAGUCAGAGAGGUUCUUUGGACCAUACUACGAGCAGCCGGGCCAUGAAUUCUUCAGAACUGCCAUGGCUGGUGUCAGUCCUCCGGAAGAAUUGUUCACCGACAUCAUCAGACAUCACUAUGACCCAGAAAAGAAUGAUAAGGACUUUACAACCCUUUACAUUGAGCGUAAUGUCACCUUGGGCGUUUAUCGAGACUAUGUGACGAGUUGGAGUGGCUAUCAUAACUGGAAAAAAGAGCAUGGAGAUAAAGAAGAUACUGUUGACAGGUUUAUUGAUGAAUUGGCAAAAGCUCUUGAUGUUGAUAUAACUACUCCUGUUAAGAUAGUGUUUCCUACUGUUUACACUUUUGCACGGAGAAGGUAA